AUGGGUAAGGACGAGCGCACUCACAUCAACAUCGUCGUCAUCGGACACGUCGACUCCGGCAAGUCCACCACCACCGGUCACUUGAUCUACAAGUGCGGUGGUAUUGACGCUCGUACCAUUGAAAAGUUCGAGAAGGAAGCCAACGAACUCGGAAAGGGUUCCUUCAAGUAUGCCUGGGUUUUGGACAAGCUCAAGGCUGAGCGUGAGCGUGGUAUCACCAUCGAUAUUGCUCUCUGGAAGUUCCAGACUGCCAAGUACGAGGUUACCGUCAUUGACGCCCCCGGUCACCGUGAUUUCAUCAAGAACAUGAUCACUGGUACCUCCCAGGCCGAUUGCGCUAUUCUCAUCAUUGCCUCUGGUACUGGUGAAUUCGAGGCUGGUAUCUCCAAGGAUGGCCAGACUCGUGAGCACGCUCUUUUGGCUUUCACCCUCGGUGUCCGUCAGCUCAUUGUUGCCCUCAACAAGAUGGACACUUGCAAGUGGUCUCAGGAUCGUUACAACGAAAUUGUCAAGGAGACUUCCAACUUCAUCAAGAAGGUCGGAUACAACCCUAAGAACGUUCCUUUCGUUCCUAUCUCCGGUUUCAACGGUGACAACAUGCUUGAGCCCUCCCCCAACUGCCCCUGGUACAAGGGUUGGGAGAAGGAGACCAAGGCCGGUAAGGUCACUGGUAAGACCCUCCUCGAGGCCAUCGACGCCAUUGAGCCCCCUACCCGUCCCGCCAACAAGCCCCUCCGUCUUCCCCUCCAGGAUGUCUACAAGAUCGGUGGUAUUGGAACGGUUCCCGUCGGUCGUGUUGAGACUGGUACCAUCGUUCCUGGUAUGGUUGUCACCUUCGCUCCCGCCAACGUCACCACUGAAGUCAAGAGUGUUGAAAUGCACCACCAGCAGCUCACUGCCGGUCAGCCCGGUGACAACGUUGGUUUCAACGUGAAGAACGUCUCCGUCAAGGAAAUCCGUCGUGGUAACGUUGCUGGUGACAGCAAGAACGACCCCCCUGCCGGUGCUGCCUCCUUCAACGCCCAGGUCAUCGUCCUCAACCACCCCGGUCAGGUCGGUGCUGGUUACGCCCCAGUCCUCGAUUGCCACACUGCCCACAUUGCUUGCAAGUUCGCUGAGCUCCUCGAGAAGAUUGACCGUCGUACCGGAAAGUCUGUUGAGGACCACCCCAAGUUCAUCAAGUCCGGUGACGCUGCCAUCGUCAAGAUGAUUCCUUCCAAGCCCAUGUGUGUUGAGGCUUUCACCGAGUACCCUCCUCUCGGUCGUUUCGCCGUUCGCGACAUGCGUCAAACUGUUGCUGUCGGUGUUAUCAAGUCCGUCGACAAGUCCACUGGUACUACCGGAAAGGUCACCAAGGCUGCCCAGAAGGCCACUGGUAAGAAAUAA